AUGGAACAGCAACAUAUUGACUCCCUGCUAGAGCGCUACUUGUCCCUCAUAGACGAGUAUUCGCGCCUGCGGGAAGAGCUGACGAAGCUUCAGACCGGCGUCUAUCAAAACAUUGCCCGAGCCAACUUUACCGGCGAGCGGGGCAUGAGAUAUGGCCAAGACCACUACGAUGAGAGGAUGCGCGCUCUGAGAGUGUUGGACAUCGAGCUCGCAGAGGACAAUGUACCCAAUUUUACAAUCAAGAACCUGAAUCACCCUGUUGAUGGCGCUACGGGCGAUGAUAAGAAGCAGGAGGAAGCUGAAAAACGCAACGACAGCUUGAAAGAGGAAGAGACAGAAAAGGAAGAAACGGCAGACAUCACCAAUGCCCAGGAAAAACCAGCAGACAGCGCCGAAGAGCAGCAAACUGACCAAGAGAAAAAGGAUGAAGAGAAGGCAAAGAAACCGAUUCACAACCCUCUGCACUGGUUCGGUCUCUUGGCCCCUCAGCCCCUUCGAACUGCUCAAACGCUAUCCAUCCAGGCCGUGCAAGAGGCCAUCCCGAGACUCGUCUCUGUUAACGCCGAGAUGGAGCACGUUGAGAUUGAAAUCCGCAGGGCAAAAAAGAAGAGGGCAAAGGCAAUGGCUGCGAUGGCUGCAGAGAGGGAGGUUGUAAGGCAGGGGGCUGUCGAGGCGAGGUGA